UUGACAUUCGUUUGCUCGGUGACGUGACGUGACAUCGGGCGAUUUGUGCAUUUGCAGAAUUGCAUUUAAAAAAUAAAUUAAAUAAAUGUUUAUUUAAAAUAAAUCAUCUACAUUUACAUUAAUAACAUAAACAUGGCAAAGUGCGGUGACUUUAUUAAAAGUCAAUUCCCACUUAUUGAUGAAGAAUUGAUGAAAUAUGUUGAAGACAUACUGGACAGCAGUGCUGGUGAGUUCGAAGACACGGAAGAAGUCUACGAGGCAGUAGGAGAAGUACUUCAAGGAAUCUCUGAAAAAUCUGAAAAAGAUAUAAGAGACAUAUGUGAAAAGCUGCUGCAUAUGCUUCAGCCUGACAAACCUGGCAGCAGCAAUGGACCUCGGAAAGUACUGGAUGCUCCAAUACACCUGGCUUCCAUGGCCGCACCUGUGACAGAAACUGAGGAUCUACGAAGUAUAUGGAUAAAUACUAGAGAUGACAAUUUGAAAGUUGAUGCAAAGAAAUUAGAAAAGGCUGAAGCGAAAUUACAGCAGAAACAACAGAAGCAGAAAGAUUCGAAGGUACCGAACGCAGUGCCUGUACUUCAGACUGCUACGGCCUCACAAGUGACGUCAAAGAAAGAUAGUAAGUUGGAGGCUAAAGGAACUAACAGAACUCAGGACAUAAGGAUAGAGAACUUCGACAUAGCAUAUGGUGACAGAGUAUUACUACAAGGCGCCGACCUUGUCCUUGCAUUUGGCCGACGGUAUGGCCUAGUGGGACGCAACGGGCUCGGCAAGACCACACUCCUUAGGAUGAUUGCAUCCAAACAAUUAAAGAUUCCAUCCCAUAUAUCAAUUCUACAUGUGGAACAAGAAGUGGUGGGGGAUGACACCGUAGCACUACAGAGUGUCUUAGAAUGUGAUACUACUAGAGAAUAUUUGUUGAAACGUGAGAAGGAAAUCACUACUAUGAUUAAUACUGGAUCAACAGACCCUAGCCUGUCAAAUGAGCUAAGCGACAUAUACGCCCAGCUGGAAAACAUAGAGGCGGACAAGGCGCCGGCGCGGGCGUCGAUCAUCCUCAGCGGUUUGGGUUUUACACCGGAGAUGCAGACCAGAGCCACCAAGACAUUCUCUGGAGGAUGGCGGAUGAGACUUGCACUGGCCCGGGCUUUGUUCUCUAAACCCGAUCUCCUCCUACUCGACGAGCCGACGAACAUGUUGGACAUCAAGGCUAUCAUCUGGUUAGAGAACUACCUGCAGAACUGGCCGACGACGCUACUGGUGGUGUCUCACGACAGGAACUUCCUCGACACAGUGCCCACAGAUAUCAUGCAUUUACACACACAGAGGAUAGACACUUACAGAGGUAACUACGAGCAGUUCCACAAGACGAAGACAGAGAAGCACAAGAACCAGCAGCGCGAGUACGAGGCGCAGCAACAACACCGCGCGCACACGCAGGAGUUCAUCGACCGGUUCCGGUACAACGCCAACCGCGCCUCCUCCGUACAGAGCAAGAUUAAGAUGCUGGAUAAGCUGCCCGAACUGAAACCGGUGGAAAAAGAAAUCGAGGUUGUUCUUCGGUUCCCUGAGGUGGAGCCACUCUCGCCACCUAUACUACAACUGAAUGAAGUCGGAUUCUACUACACUAAGGAAAGGAUUAUAUUCUCAGAUGUCAACCUUGGCGCGACGCUCGAGUCCCGAAUAUGUAUUGUUGGUGACAACGGUGCCGGUAAGACAACGUUAUUAAAAAUAAUAAUGGGCAUACUGUCGCCCACCAGUGGGAUACGGAGCGUGCACAGAGGACUGAAAUUCGGCUACUUCUCCCAACAUCACGUCGACCAAUUGGAAAUGAACGUCAAUUCUGUAGAACUCUUACAAAAGAGCUAUCCAGGUAAAACGAUAGAAGAAUACAGAAGACAGUUGGGCAGUUUCGGCGUCAGUGGCGACCUCGCGUUACAAACGAUCGCCAGUUUGUCCGGAGGGCAGAAGUCGAGAGUGGCGUUCGCGAGGAUGUGCAUGGGCAACCCCAACUUCCUAGUACUCGACGAACCUACUAACCACUUGGAUAUCGAGACCAUUGAGGCGUUAGGAAAGGCUAUUACUAAAUAUACGGGCGGUGUUAUUCUGGUGUCUCACGACGAGCGGUUAAUACGAAUGGUCUGCAAGGAGCUAUGGGUGUGUGGAAACGGCUCCGUGACUAGUAUAGAAGGCGGAUUCGACGAGUACCGCAAGAUUGUCGAGAGAGAACUAGAAGUACAGAAUAAGUAGACCAAUUAUAGCUGGAAUUGUAGUUCUGUGUCGUGUCGCACGUGUCGCGUUUGUCGUGUUGGGGUGAGGUCACAAUAUCUUUUCGAUGCGGUUAAAAUCUACGACGUCAUUGUAGUGAAAUGUCUCCUCUGUCAAAAAUAAAUUUGGUAUUUAAUACUUCUAUUAAAAACUCUUGAAAUAUUCAGUUAUAUUGAAAAUGAAAACGAUUAAUUUGUUGAUAUCUUAGUUGGUAGUUUAGCAAAAAUAUUGUGUCAUCUAUCUUUUUCAUAGAAAAUUAUUAUUUUUGAAUUUGAUCAGUUAACAACCCUAUUUCUAAUACGUUGUCGUAUCCUAAGUAUUUGCCUGUGCGACGUCAUCGUAAGUUAGUAUUGUGGCCUCACCCUUAGUCAAUGCAUACCUUUUUGUAGGCUGAUUAUUAUAUUAAUGUGUGUUACGGUGUGAAGCUCUCGCUUUCUCCCCUUCUCCUAGACCGUUCUGCUAUUAAAAUACUCUUCUAAUAUUUAGUCGAUUUUAAGUUUUAAUUGCUAGGUAUAGAGCUCUUUUUGCUUUCUUUUCUUUCCUUUUUCGAAUUUCUAGUAAUUAUGAUGACAAUGAUCUAAAUGAUAUUUAACUUUAUUAAUUUUACUAAUUGUAUAAAAAUCUUCUUCUAACUGAAUUUUAUGAGUAACUCUUAUAUUUUUACUUAUAAUGUAUUGUAUUCAAAAUUAUGUUUAGACUUUAGAGUUCUUUUAAUAGCAGCUCGGCAUAAUAUUUCGAUGGUGACAUUGCCAAGACGACACGAUCGUACGACACGACACACUACUGUCAUUCUCGCUUAUCGCAAUUCACACCUACACAUGUAUACAUUAUAUCCAUGUAAAAAGUAACCUUAAAUUAUAUCGUUGUAAUAUA